CCCUCGCUCAACUUCUCGUCUUUCCCUCUUAGUUCGUGCCCUUCUUGUGCAAGCCGACCACAACCCGGCGGCGGCGGCGGAGGAGAAACACUCUUCCUUUCCGUAUCAUCUCUGCCGAGAUGCCGAAGCACCACAGGCCUGCGGGCAAGAAAAAAGAAGGAAAUGCAGCGAAGUACAUCACAAGAACGAGGGCGGUUAACUAUCUACAAGUUUCUUUAGCCAUUUUCAGGAGGUUAUGCAUUCUAAAAGGCAUAUUUCCGCGGGAACCAAAAAAGAAGGUGGAGGGGAACCACAAGACGUACUAUCACAUGAAGGAUAUCAUGUUCCUCUUCCACGAUCCUCUACUUCAGAAAUUCAGGGACAUAAAGGCUCAUGCUAAGAAGGUUAAAAAAGCUAAGGCACAGAAAAACAAGGACCUCGAAGAUAGAUUGCUGGACCGUGCACCAACAUAUAAGCUGGAUAGGCUUAUCUCAGAAAGGUACCCUACUUUCAUUGAUGCACUCAGAGACCUCGAUGAUUGUCUUACCAUGGUUCAUCUUUUUGCUGCUUUGCCUGCUGCUGAGGGUGAGCGGAUUCAGGUGCAGCGUAUUCAUAAUUGUCGAAGGUUAAGUCACGAAUGGCAAGCAUACAUAUCGCGAACUCAUAGUCUUAGAAAGACAUUUAUAUCAGUGAAGGGCAUUUAUUACCAGGCCGAGGUCGAAGGUCAAAAGAUCACAUGGCUAACUCCGCAUGCUUUACAACAAGUUUUGACUGAUGAUGUCGAUUUCAAUGUCAUGAUCACUUUUCUGGAAUUCUAUGAGACACUUUUAGGUUUUGUAAAUUUCAAGCUCUAUCAUUCCAUAAAUGUGAAAUAUCCUCCUAUCUUGGACCCUCUUCUUGAAGCUAUAGCAGCUGAAUUGUAUGCUAUGUGCCGCUAUAUUGCUGCUCAACCCAGAACGUCAUCUGUGGAUUCUCUACCAAUUACUUCUGGUGAAGAUGGGCAACCUGGGCUGGAAAAGUUAGAUAUACAAACUGAAGAAUCAGAGCUUAGACUCGCACAACUGCAACAUCAGCUUCCAACCAAUGAACCUGGUGCAUUAAUGCAUCUGGUGGAAGAUUCUAAAGCAGAAGAUGAAGACACUGAUGUGGAAACAAAAGAAUGCAAAAACCUUUUUAAAAACUUCAAAUUCUUCUUAAGUCGGGAGGUUCCAAGAGAGGCACUACUUUUUGUAAUUCCCGCUUUUGGAGGAGCGGUUUCAUGGGAGGGUGAUGGCUCUCCUUUUAGGGAAUCAGAUGAUGGAAUUACCCAUCAGAUUGUUGAUAGACCAACACAAGGGCACAUAUUUCUUUCUCGAGAAUAUGUGCAACCACAAUGGAUCUUUGAUUGUAUCAAUGCUCGGAUUAUAUUACCUACAGAAGAAUAUUUAGUUGGGAGGAUUCCACCUCCACAUUUAUCACCUUUUGUUGACAAUGAGGCUGAAGGAUAUGUCCCUGAGUAUGCUGAAACAAUCAAGCGCCUGCAAGCUGCAGCUAAAAAAAAAGUGUUACCAAUGCCAGGUCUGGAAAAUCAAGAUCUAAAUGAUCCUCAAACUCUUUUGGUUAAAGGAAUAGUUGAUAGGACGGAAGCUAAUGAAACUGCUGAAAAGAAACGGAAGCUGAUGAUGCUUGAGAAGCAGUACCAUGAUGAAUUGAAUAUGGAGCUUCAGGGAAUAGCAUACUCUUCUCUGAAGAAUAAGAACCUGGAUAACACAGUUGACAAUGCCAAAGAAGAUACUAUUACUCCAACAGAGGAACCAGAAGACCUUUCACAGCUUACAAUGUCACGUAAAAAGAGAAAACUCUAUGAAGCAAUGAAGAUCGGUCAAGAACGCAAAAAGGAUAAGGUUAAGCUUUUGCACGAGCGGAAGAAAAAUGCAGAAGCCAGCAAAAAGGUUUAAUUUAUGCUGUCCCAACACUGCUCGUGGUUCCAUGAUGAACCCUCACUUAUCACCCUCGGCAAAUCAUUUAACAGUACUACAAGUUAUAGUUUUUCGUGGACAUGACUGCUGAUGACUGCUACUGUAAUUAAUGCAAUUUUGCACCAACAAAAUUCUACUAUUCAAUUGUCUUUAAAACAACAGAAAUUAGAUUAUAUGUCAUCCUUCACAUGGUGAAUUUAGUUGGUCA